CGUCAAGACAUCCGUCACCGCACUGAUCAAAACUAUCUCGUCUGCCCCGGUCGAGCAAGCCACCAUCAAAUACCGAUUGUAGGUGCCAUUAUCCACGAUGCAUCGCAUAUGCUAGUUUCGACCGUUCGCGACUGUUCUCAUCAGAUGCUAGGCUCUCUAACCUCUUCAACACCCUGCCGCGAAAAUCUCCGUUACGUCUCCAAGUAUACACCACCAUUUUGCAACUGGCAACCUCUC